AUGCCAACCCAUACUCAGACAUACACCUGGCUCGUCACAGGAACGUCGCGUGGCAUCGGGCUUGAGAUUGUCAAGCUACUUGUGGCCUCGCCCGUGAACACUGUCUUUGCUGCAUGUCGCAAUCCGUCCUCAGCCACAUCACUCAAGACCUUGAAGUAUGCAGCUACGACCAAGGGGACUUUGCACCUCAUCAAGAUGGAUGUCACUGACGAGGCCUCUGUCCAGCAAGCUAGGGACGAGGUCGAAGACAUCCUUGAUGGUCAAGGUCUUGACUACCUUUUUAACAACGCCGGUGUCGCUGUUAAAGACGACCGGCCCUCAACGAUGAACGCCGACGAUCUGACGUCCACCAUUCUCGCCAAUGUCGUUGGUCCGGCGCUCGUCACGCGGACGUUCAUUCCCCUCAUUGAGCGCAGCCAAAGGAAGGUUAUUGCCAAUGUCUCAACGGCCCUUGCCAGUAUUGGCACGGACUACGGUCCGCAACACCUCAGCUAUAGCAUAAGCAAGAUUGCCCUGAACAUGCUAACGUACAAACAGGUUAAGGAACGGCCUGACCUUUGCGCCGUCCUUGUGGAUCCUGGCUGGGUCAAGACAGAUAUGGGUGGCUCGGCGGCGACUCUGGAGGCAUCUGAGAGCGCAGCCGGGAUGGUGCGCGUGGUGAUAGGCGUCACUCCCGAAGAUACUGGCAAGUUCAUCGACUAUACAGGGAAGGAGAUACCCUGGUAAAAGAGCAAGCUGUUCAUGAUGUUCAUGUGUUGUACAUUUCGGACAGAGUCAGGGCGUGGAUGCUCGUCCAACCGCGUGGGCGCGUUAUUCUUGAUAUAUGCUAUCAAUUUUCUAUUUUCGCUCGAUUAGUUUACAUGUGUAAUACGUAUGGUGUCCUUCUCUUGAAUUCCGAAAAAGAAACGUGAGUUUAUG